AUGUAUAGGGCAACGACCACGAAAAUAUCCUGCAAGUAUGACAAAGCUGCCCAGCUCCAGCUUAUGGCCGAGGUCUAUCAAUAUGCCCUCUUCACAAUAGUAGCUGCUGCUCGUAAUGACGCCCAAGCAGGCAUCAGCAUCACAAAUAAAUCUAUUCAACAAAGAGCGCCCAUAUCAAUACCGAACACUGGCACCACCACCACGAGACGGAUGGAGAGA